UGAGGCCUCCCAACCCUGAGAUGUUUCUGUUUUCAAAUUCUUUCAUCAGUUUUUGCCCAUUCUUCACUCUUCCUGUUUAAGUUUGUUUUUUCCUUCCCACACCAGCCUUUUAAUCCUUGCGGUCUUAAGGUCUUAAAACAGAAUUGUUGAAAUAAGCGUGGUGUACUGGUGUCUGACGGACUGUUUUAUAAUGUCUGGCUACUGGUUUCUCUUUUCCACGUUGGAGUUUGCAUCUUCCUGCCCUCAUUUUCUACUGUGAUUGCAUCAUGGAAAGCCAUUUGGCAAAAUCAACUGAAGAGCGAACUUUUCAGUACCAGGAUUCUCUUCCACCUCUGCCUAUUCCUUCACUUGAAGAAUCAUUAAAGAAGUACCUCGAGGCUGUAAAGCCAUUUUCAAGUGAAGAAGAAUUUAAGAAAACUGAAGAAAUUGUCAAACAAUUUCAAAAUGGGAUUGGAAGAAAAUUGCAUCAGAAAUUACUUGAAAAGGCAAAAGGAAAAAGAAAUUGGCUGGAAGAAUGGUGGCUGAAUGUUGCCUACCUGGAUGUUCGCAUGCCUUCACAAUUGAAUGUCAACUUUGCGGGUCCUGCGAACCAUAUUGAACAUUAUUGGCCUCCAAAAGAAGGCACACAGUUAGAAAGAGGAAGUAUAUCUCUUUGGCACAACUUGAACUAUUGGCAACUACUAAGAAAGGAAAAAAUACCUAUUCACAAAGUUGGAAGUACUCCUCUGGAUAUGAAUCAGUUCCGGAUGCUGUUUUCAACCUGCAAGAUACCAGGAAUAACUAGAGAUUCCAUUGAGAAUCAUUUUAAGACAGAGAGUGAAGGACAUUCCCCAACUCACAUUGUAAUUCUGUGUCGAGGUCGAAUUUUUCUCUUUGAUGUACUGUGUGAAGGAAGUUUGAUCACCUCACCAGAGAUACUCAGGCAAUUGAAAUAUAUCUACCAGAAGUGCCAGAGUGAACCUAAGGGGCCUGGAGUACCAGCAUUAACUAGUGAAGAGCGAACUCAAUGGGCUAAGGCACGAGAAUAUUUGAUUAGUCUUGAUCCAGAGAACUUGAAAAAGUUAGAAAAAAUUCAAUCUAGUUUACUGGUGUUUUCCUUGGAGGAUAGCAGUCCACAAGCAACACCAGAAGACUAUUCUCAGGCAACUGCAAUGACCCUCAUUGGAGAUCCAACAGUACGCUGGGGUGACAAAUCUUAUAAUAUGAUUUCCUUUUAUAAUGGAGUAUUUGGUUGUAGCUGUGACCAUGCUCCGUUUGAUGCAAUGGUUAUGGUCAAUAUCAGCCAUUAUGUCGAUGAGAGGAUUUUGGAGAAUGAAGGAAAAUGGAAGGGUUCAGAAAAAGUGCGGGAUAUACCACUUCCAGAGGAGCUUGUUUUCACUGUGGAUCAGAAAAUAUUAAAUGAUAUAAACCAAGCUAAAACUCAAUAUUUAAAACAGGCAUCUGACCUGCAGAUUGUGGCGCGCCCCUUUAUAUCCUUUGGGAAAAAAGUAACCAAGAAGAACAACCUUCACCCUGACACAUUUGUUCAGCUUGCACUUCAGCUGGCAUAUUUCAGACUUCAUGGACGUCCUGGUUGCUGCUAUGAAACAGCUAUGACGAGAUAUUUUUAUCACGGUCGCACAGAGACUGUGAGAUCAUGCACAAUGGAAGCAGUCAAAUGGUGCGAGUCUAUGCAUGAUCCUUCCACCAGCCUUCUUGAGCGGCAACAAAUGAUGUUAACAGCUUUUGCAAAACAUAAUAAAAUGAUGAAAGAUUGUUCAACUGGAAAAGGGUUUGACCGUCAUCUUUUAGGUUUAUUGCUUACAGCAAAGGAGGAGGGGAUCCCAGUUCCAGAACUCUAUACAGACCCACUUUUCUCCAAAAGUGGUGGAGGUGGAAACUUUGUUCUUUCAACAAGUCUUAUUGGUUAUUUAAGAGUGCAGGGAUUGGUGGUCCCCAUGGUACACAAUGGCUAUGGAUUUUUCUACCACAUCAGAGAUGACAGGAUUCUGGUAUCAUGUUCAGCCUGGAAAUCAUGUCCAGAAACUGAUGCAGAGAAGCUGGUUCAACAGAUUUUUUACGCUUUCCAGGAUAUGAUACAUCUGAUGAACAAUGCUCAUCUUUAGAAAUUAAUCAGUUAUUAAAUGUUUCACUGGGUGCUGGGAGUGGGUUAGUGAUGAAAUGUAGGAAGAAAUGUUAACUAAAAGGAAACUUUCUAAAAGUAGACAUUAGUAGGAUCCUAUGCUCUAAAUUUAUACUGACAUCGAAGGUAGAAAUGUUUUGAAACUUCCUUUGUUGUUGCUGCAAAUUAUGAUAUAGCAAAUCUAGAACUAUGCAAAGUUUAAGAGAGCCUCAACAAUGCAAAUCUACAAUUUAAAAUAAUGCAGGUCUUUAGUUUUUAGAAUAUUCUUGCUGGCACUUGCAUAGUUUAUGAAUUCUCUCUCAACAUCAUUAUCUUUCAAGCACUUUAAUGUUUUCUAGUUGCCAAAGGUUAUGGAAUAUAAAGUUAGAUGAUAAUUUCCCAAAAUGCCUUCUCUCUUCAUCCAGAAAUAUAAGCCUAUUAUGUUUGGAAAAGAUCACCAUAAUUUAAUGGUGCUUUAAAAAUAGUUUGUGGAAUAAGGAGAAGAAAGAAUGUGUAGAGUGGGGUUUACACUGUCUGACAACAAAAAAUCCUUAAUAAAAGCCAUUAUAUUGUAAUUACUUUGAGUAUAAAGAUAAGCACAUACUUAAAAUUAAUGAAUUUAUGAAAGAAUUAAAUGUUGACUCUUUCUCAGGAUUUUAAUUUUAUUUUCUACUCUCUGUACAAUUUUGUAGUUUCUUUCAGAAAAUAAAAUCCCCCGAAUCAUGUAGCUUUUUGUUUUGUGUUUAAAUAAUGGAUUUGUACCAGUUUUGUCUUUUAUUUUCUCAUCUCAGUUUUGAUGUACUUUCUCAUAUCAUUUUGAAUUAUUGUUUAAUACACGCCCCAUUUUUUUUUAGUGCUUUAUAAGAAUUCUCAGUUGUGUUGUGUCAGUUGACUGUACCCUGAGGAUAAGUCUUCUGCUGGUCUUACUUGAUUUGUUUCAGCACAACUGCAAUAACAGAGAGGCAGAACUUAGGCUGUAAGGCCGUAAAUGGCCUCACCCUUUGUCUGGGAUUUGGUUGCUGUAUUCUUUCCAUGUAGUCUUUGAUCAAUUUUACAGAUUUCUGUUCUUGGUAGACUUUGGGAAAGCUAGAAAUUACAAAGUCUCUUCAGGCGGGGCUCUAAAGUCACAUGUCACUUCUUAUGCACUCUUUUGGCUAUGAGCUAACCCAGUGACACUUGUGGCUCACACACAAACUUGUGCUUAACACAAAGAGACAGUACAGCAGAGUAAAGCACCUGCCUUGCACAUGAUCAACAUGGUCCAAAAAAAAAAAAAACACCACAAAUUGUAGCACCUGAAUGAAUGCAUUAAAAAUCAUGCGUUCAAGGACUGUUCAAUUCAGGAGGUAGGAAAAACAUUAUUUCUUGCUAAAAGCAACAGCAAAGUCAUUUUGUAAAUGAAAUAAGUGAGCACACAGGGCAUGACUUGUUGGAGGUCACAUUUGUAGCAUUGUGUCAGAAAAAUUAUGGUAUACUUAGUUUAUUGGUUGUCUAUAUCAUUUAAAAAAUGUUUCUAUGUUCUGGAUUUGAGAGGUUCAUUUCUUUAUCAGUCAGUCUCUAUGGUAUUUUGAUAAAGCAGCUACUUUAGAAUUUGGAAGAGGGGACAUUUAAACAUAGGACCUUUUUCUUACUGGUAUAAUUUUGUAGACUGCAGUACCAGGAAGUUUAGAAUAAUUUGCGUGGCGAUUUUAAAACCUCUAGAGUUGGGUGUUUUACUGAUCAUCUCCUGCAGAGAAACCUCUCAUUCCUUCUUUAUUGUGUUGCCCGAAUCUACCUAAAGUUAAAAAUCACCCAGAACACUUUUUGCCAAAGAGAUUUCUGGGUCUCAACCCAGACUUACUGAGUCAGGGAUAUCUAGGGGCUGAUGUUCUGGGAUCCUUAUCAGGCAAGCUUGAGAAUAAUGAUAGAAGAGUAGGUUGAAUUCUGCUUGCUCUGAGUCACCAUGACAAUGUAUUCUUUGCCCUAAUAUGAAAUUCAGUCCACUGGUAGUCAAGUUUAUGCAUGGUCACAGUUGUAAAAGCCUUUGGUAAUAACUGGUUAUUUUGGGUCAGAUAGAAUUUGAAUUGGCUAGUUGACUGACCUAGGGCUGGAGCGAUAGCACAGUGGUUGGGCAUUCGCUUUGCACACGGCCGACCCGAGUUCGAUUCCUCUGCCCCUCUCGGAGAGCCCGCACGGCAGAGCCUGACAAUCCACCCAUGCGUAUUGGAUAUGCCAAGAACAGUAACAAUAAGUCUCUCAAUGAGAGAUGUUUCUGGUGCCCGCUUGAACAAAUCGAUGAGCAACGGGAUGACAGUGACAGUUGACUGACCUAGAUAGUGUAUCACAGCUAUGAAAAUUGUAAAAGUUUAUGAAAAAAAUACAUUCCCGUGUGGCUAGUUUCUAAGACAUGCCUAGAGUUAUUUUUUCUCCCAUGUAAUCACUUUUUUUCUUGAGAAAAGGUGGAUUAAUAUUCUGGGGAAAAUAGAUUUAUUAAAAAUAAUGCAGUUGCGGGGCUGGAGCGAUAGCACAGCGGGUAGGGCGUUUGCCUUGCACGCGGCCAACCCGGGUUCGAAUCCCAGCAUCCCAUAUGGUCCCCUGAGCACCUCCAAGGGUAAUUCC